UAUGGAUGGUGUAGCACCUAGAGGAAGCCUAGGUCCAGCAUACGAGCAAGUCGGCCAGAAUUUGCCCCGCAGAUUAGUUAUUGCGCAGGGCAAAAAGAAGGACCAGACGCGGUCAGAGAAAAUCAAUGCUUGUCUCGCUGAAGAGGUCCCUGCGGGAAGCGUGAUUGAGGUUGAGUCACCGGCCAGAUUUCUGUUUCAAGCCAGACCUAUGAGAAGCGAGGGCAGGUCAGUUGUCGGAUGGAUAAUUGAUAUGCAGGAAAGAGGGUGGAGGUGUCCGGACCCUGAAUCCCCCGAAUAAUCAAUAAAUGUCUGCGGCAGCAGCGACGCUUGCGCGGGUCUCGUCGUCCACACCAACAAGCCUAAAGCCGUUGUCGCUUCGCAAGGCACCGUUGCGGGACGUGCUCCCGAACUGGAACGCGCGAGGAAGGAGGCCGUCGCCGCUAAUCCGAAUUGCUCGCCCGAGUCUGCGGCUGCCGCUGAGCACAGUUCCCACGUCGCUGUUCCCGGACGCCACUGCCUGGCCGUGCAGGCGCGGUUGGUUCUUCGGGCGGGACACUCCCCGCUUCAUUCUGGUUCCCAAUCCAGAGCACCGCCAGCAAGCAAUCACGGUCCUCGAUCCGCCAAGCGGCAUGCUGUGCUACGUGCAGAUCGUGAGCACCCCGACGGCGGACACGCCGGGGGGUUGCUUGAUGCUGCACUUCGACAACCGCCGAUACCUGUUCGGCCGCUUGGCCGAGGGCACGCAGCGCACCAUGGUGCAGCGCCAAGUGUCGCUCGCGAAGAUCAGCGACAUAUUCCUCAGCGGCCGCAUCGACUGGCAUACGACCGGCGGCCUGCUCGGCAUGAUCCUCACACUCGCCGAUCUCAAGGCCACCUCGGUCGCCGCUCUCGAGGAAGUCAACGAGGAGCGACGUAGCAAGGGGAAGAAGGCUAAAGACCUGAAGUCGUCGUUCGCGGCACAUCUGAAUAUCCACGGCGGGAAGAACCUGGUGCACAUGCUAGCGACCGCCCGUCCCUUCAUCCUCCGGAAGGCGCUGCCCGUCUAUCCCAGGGAGCUUCGCCACGACCCCAGAUCGGGCGAGAAAGAGGCCGGGCCAGACUACGAAGACGAAAACAUCCGCGUGUGGUCCAUCCCGGUAUCGAACGAAACGUCAGACGCCGCCGGCACCUCUGAGCCCCGGUCGCCCAAGAAGCGCAAGCUGAGCCCGUCCUCCGACACAGACGCCGGGGCAGGAUCGAGUGAGGAGGCCGAUCAGGCAAUCAGGGAGGCCGUCGUCAGGGACAUGUUCUGUUCCAAGUGGAACUUGGACACGCUGCGCGAGAUGCCGCUCCGGGAGGUCCAACUGCCGGCCAAGAUCUUCAUCAGGAACGACCAGGGUCACCUGGAACAGUACCAGGGUCCGGACGCCGAGUCGGCCCCGGAUCCGAACAUGAAAGUCUUUGUACGUCUUCCGUGGCCUGCCUCUAAAGUACAGCAUCUGCCCUCGACGGAGCCGUCCAGGGCAUCCAUGUGCUACGUCGUCAAAUGCCACCCGCGGCGUGGCAAAUUCAAUGUUGAGGCCGCCAGGGAGCUCGGCGUCGAGAAGGUCAAUUUCAAGCUGCUCACAGCAGGCCAGAGCGUGCCUGGGAAAGACGGUAUUACCGUCACUCCGGACAUGGUCCUGGGAGCUACGCUCGAGGGCCAUGGCUUUGCGGUUGUCGACAUCCCGUUUCCGGAAGUAAUAGACGACCUGGUCAGUCGCCACGAGUGGUCGAACCCCGAGAUCAUGAACGGUAUUGAUACCAUGUACUGGAUCCUCUCCGAAAGCAUUUCUCUCGAGGACCCCCGGUUACACCAGUUCAUCCAAGCGCGCCCGUCCAUCAAGCACAUCGUGCUCGGGCCUGACAUGUGCCCCAAUCUCCUGGCGCUGGAAUCUCCGGCCAGCCAGCUCAUCAAGAUGAACCGCGUUGAUGAGCAGAGGUUUCCCUUCCCGGUCUUCGAUGCCAAGCCGCCGACGGACGUCAACAGGGAACUAGGAGCAGUCGCCGAGCCUGCGCGAUCGGGCUUGAAGUUCCAGCUUGCUCCGAAGCAGGGGUUCCUCACCGACCGAGUCGUUCCUCUGAUGGACACAGGGAAGCCGAUUUGGGAGCUGGCGACCCACACCCCGCAGGUACUUCAGCUAGCCAACACGGCGCGCCAGACUAUCUCCAAGCCCGAGUUCCUAGCCGAGGUGGAGACCUCGCAGCGGGACCUUCCAAGCCCGGAGACGGAGAUCAUCCCGCUCGGCACCGGCUCGGCCAUGCCGUCCAAGUACCGCAACGUGUCCGCCAUUCUCGUCCGGGUCCCCGGCUGGGGCAGCUACCUCUUCGACUGCGGCGAGAACACGCUGGGCCAGCUCCGCCGCAGCUUCGGCUUCCAGGGCGCCGACGACGUCCUCCGCGACCUCCGGGCCAUCUACAUCAGCCAUGCCCAUGCCGACCACCACCUGGGCACCAUCAACGUCGUCGACCGCUGGUCUCAAGUAUCUGACGGCAAGCUCGCCAUCAUCGCCUCGCCGCGCUACCAGUCCUUCGUGCGCGAGUUCCAGUCCGUCCAGCCGCUCCGCGGCAGCAACAACCGCCUGGUUCACGCCAACCUCCGCCCGGCAGCCGCGGGCUCCUCCGCCAAGCCCGGCACACUUGCCAAGGCCUACUUCAACGACGCCGACUUCGACGACGACCCGACCUUUCCGACCAGCCUCCCGCGCAUCGAGGCCGUCUACGUCGACCACUGCUACGAGGCCACCGCGGGGGUGCUAACCUUCCCCGACACGGGCCUCAAGAUCGCCUACUCGGGCGACUGCCGGCCCUCGACGCCCUUCGCCGAGCUGGGGCGCGGCGCGCACUUGCUGAUCCACGAGUGCACGUUCGAGGACGAGCUGGCGGGGGACGCGCACGCCAAGAAGCACUCGACCCUGUCGGAUGCCAUCAGGGUGGGCCGGGAGAUGCAGGCGCGCCGGAUCCUGCUGACGCAUUUCAGUCAGCGGUAUCCCAAGCUGCCUGUCAUCGAUGAGGCGAAGCUGGUUGGUAGCAAUGAUGAUGGUGAGGAUGGGGAGGAUGGGGAGAGGGGAAAAACGGAGAGGAGGGAUGUGGAGGUGCUGUUCGCGUUUGAUAUGAUGCGGGUUAAGCUGGGCGAGUUCAAGCAGGCCAAGCAGUUCUUGCCGGCACUCAGGGAGUUGUUGAAGGUUGAGGAGCCGGAGCAAGCUGAUGAAGAGUGAUAAACUUCUUCUUCUUCUUCUUCUUCGGUUCUGAAUGAGUGCGACUUGGGUUUUAUGGCUGAAUGGGUACAGUACUACUUGGUGAAAUAUAGAACGGUGGGAACAGUGUAUUCU